GCUAGCAACAGCAUCUUUUGACCAUUCAACAAGCUAAAUGCUAGCAGUUUAAAUGAGCUACGAUUUUCCUUUCAGCACUUAAUUUGACAUUUCAUUCAUUUGAGUUCUUGAGAAGUGUUCGUCGCGUCAACCCUGGAAAGCUUCUCUGACAAGAAACGUGAAAACCAAACGUCUGUUCUUCAACGGUGUGCAAUCAUGGCAGCGGAUUGGUUGGGUAGUUUGGUGUCAAUUAACUGUGGGCCAACACUGGGAGUCUAUCAAGGAGAGGUGGUGUCUGUGGAGCAGUCCAGCCAAACCAUCUCCUUAAGGCAACCUUUCCAUAAUGGAGUCAAGUGCCCUGUUCCCGAGGUCACAUUCAGUGCCAUUGACAUAAAAGAACUCAAGAUUUUAGAUAUCACAAAUGGCAAUGCCAGGAACAGCUCUUUUGCAACUACAAAGGUAGGCAGUGCUCCAGUCACAGUCCCAAAGGGUGAUCCCAGGUCUGUGGAGAAACUGAACUCUCCUCAGCACUGCUCCAAAAGCCAUGGAGAACGUCACCAGGACAUACCCGGCCAGCCAAAAGCAUUUCGUAGAAGACACAACUCCUGGUCAUCUAGUAGUCGAGGGGCAAACCAAGUGACACCGAAGAAGAACGGGGUGAAGAAUGGUCAGAUGAAGCUCAGAGACGACGAGUGUUUUGGGGACGCCAUAGACGACGGGCUGGAUACAGACUUUGAUUUUGAAGGAAACUUGGCGCUUUUUGACAAAGCAGCCGUUUUCUCAGAAAUCGAUACAUCACGUAAUGGUGCCAGGUCACGCGGGACUCCUCAAGAUCAGACACCCACACGGUACCGUCACGAUGAAAACAUCCUGGAGGCCAAACCGAUUGUGUACAGACAGAUCACUGUACCGCAACCGGGGGCCAAAGAAUACUGCACCGAUUCUGGGCUUGUUGUGCCCAGUAUAUCCUAUGAACUACACCAGCGUCUAUUGUCAGUCGCUGAGCGCCAUGGUCUCUCACUGGAGCGAAGACUUGAGAUGACUGGUGUGUGUGCAAGUCAGAUGGCACUUACAUUGCUGGGUGGGCCCAACAGAUUCACUCCCAAAAAUUUGCACCAGCGUCCCACGGUUGCUCUGCUGUGUGGGCCUCAUGUUCAGGGUGCUCAGGGCAUCAGCUGUGGGCGUCACCUGGCCAAUCAUGAAGUGGAGGUCAUCUUGUUUCUGCCCAAUUUUGUCAAGAUGCUCGACUCGGUCACCAGCGAGCUCACCCUCUUCAACAAAACUGGUGGAAAACAGGUGUCGAGUAUCAAAGACCUUCCAGACACUCCCGUGGACUUAAUCAUAAACUGCCUGGACUGCCACGAGAACACAUUCCUGAUGGAUCAGCCUUGGUACCGAGCAGCUGCAGACUGGGCUAACCAGAACCGAGCGCCAGUGCUCAGCUUGGACCCUCCUGGUAGUGGAAAGGGACAGGCGGUCGAGGCCAAGUGGUCCCUCUCUCUCUGCCUCCCCCUUCCCCUGGCUGAAGGGGCCGGCAGCGUUUACCUGUGUGACAUAGGUAUUCCUCUCCAGGUAUUCCAGGAAGUGGGAAUUAAGUACAUUUCUCCUUUUGGCUGCAAAUUUGUCAUCCCCUUGCACUCUGCAUAAUGGGACUAGUGGUAAACAAGACCCCUCCGUGACCACACACAAGGUUAUGGCGCCUUAUCUUCCAGAGUUCAUCCAUUACGUUUCUAACUCUUCAACAUGUGAGUGGGACCACUGUUUAGUGCAUUAGUUCUGCAACGAAUAAGUUCUAUGGUUGGAAUCGUGAAGAGUUUUAUUGAAAAAGUAAACGUGUCGACCAUCAGAGGCUUCAGCCAUCAUGUGGAUACCAUUGUAUUUACAUGAUACUAACCGAUAUUUGGAAGAAAGAUUUUUCAAAAACAGCCUAGUGUUAAGUAGUUUUAGAUUGAAUGGACAAUCUCUGACUUCACAUGGAAACAUUUCUGAAUGUCGCUGUAAUCAAACCUCAUUCUAAAGCCGUCUGGUGAAUAAUAAUACAUGCAACGUGAUGUUAUUACAUUCAUCUGGAUAAGACAACAGGAAUCCAACUUAUAUCAGCGGUACCAUUGCUAAUGGCUUGUCUUAUACUCUGCCACACUCGACAGCACUCUGUAGCUGUCGUCUGAUCGAAUGUUUGUCAUUGAUGCGAGUCAUUUUGUAUUUUCAAUCUAAGCCAGUGUUGAAUGGAGCAGCUUCUGCAGAAAACCAAGAUAUCAGCACUUUUGUUUGUUCAUGGUAAAUUAGGCAUUCACGAUAAGGGCUUUGAUAGGAUUACGCAGCCUGCAAGACCUCUAGCGAUGUAGCUUUUUAGGGGGGGAAAAAGUCUAAGUAAAUGUGAUUCAUAUAGAGCCGAAGUCAUGAUGUGAGCCUCUGUAAGUCAAUGCAAUCCGUCAUUGGUCUCAUCAAUGCAUUCGGCAUCAAUCUACAGCAGGUACAUGAAGCUAAACCUUUGUUAAACAAUUAUUUUGUGAGCAUAGGAAAAACUACAGAUCCCAUGCAAAAACUACAAGCACGGAUAUGGAUAGUUGGUUUAGUCCAUAUCCAUAACAUGUAAAAGGCUUACAGGAGAUGGUGUUCGCUGAAUGCUGCUAAAAACAUAUAUAUUGAACAGAUAUUAGAUUGUUUUUCAGAAAAACACUUGAGGCGAGCCACUGACUGUUACAAAGCUCGAUUUUUAGUUUGUUUGGUAACAAAUGUCAAUGAGAGAGAGUUUCAGUUCUACUUCGGCUCUUUAUUGUAACUGUUAAAGGACCAUAUCAGUGCGUUUGCAAGUUUCAGUUCCUUUAUUACAAAUCAUUUGUUUAUUUUACAUUUUAAUAGUUUUACAUUGGUUUCUAAUUACUACUGUGUAGUAUUUAUAAUAAAAAAAAAAUUAAAAAAAAUCCAUCAUAGUGAACUUAAAGUCUACAGUAGUUAAAUAUUUGUUGUGUAGUUUAGUCGCAGAUUUUAACAGCACACUGCAUCACACUAAAAGAGGAAUGCAUAUGUAACAUCUUCUGUGAUGGACUCUUUUUUUUUUUUUUUUUGAAGAAUGUCCUCAUAGAGUUUCAUGAAGAUCUUUGAACCAAAUACAUUUUGUUUUUUUUGUGAUGAGAAAUCGUUCAACAUUUCUUUUCAGGAGUUCCCCCUCCUGAUGUAAGAGUAAUGCUUUGUGUGUUUCUAAAGUGUAGACUGUGAAAUAUCAGAGCUGCUUGAUUUGUGCUGACUGAGGUGAUGUUUGUAUCUCUACUGCCACAUCCUUUUGACAAUGAAAGUGAAAACCUCUGCUUGAUCACAUUCACUUUGCAACGUGUGCAGACCAGAGACGCCUUUGUAAAGUUUACUGGACCUGCAGAUUGUUUACAUCAACAUCGUAUUGUGUGAUACUGUGUUCACACACGGAUCUCACAUGUUUGUUUGGUUCAUACAGUAAUUCAGUGAAAAUGACAUUCAUGCGCAAAGGGUUUGUCCUUUCUCCGGCAUUCCUCCGGCCUGAUGUGUUCCGUCUCAUCUGUUGAGACACGUCUGGAAACAUCAGCCAGCGUUACUCACUGCGACGAGUUUACAUUGUCUUUGGCCGCCAGGGGGCCAUUAAACCACAGGUCUGAUGGCUCUUCCUUAUUCUGUUGUAAUUCAGCUUUAUGCACUAUUUCCUCAUUCAAACGUGUUAUUUCUCUCAGUCAGAAACCACGAGGUGAUCUGUGUUUGUAAAGUAACUUCGUUUAAACGCCGGUUACGCUUCUUGAGAUUGAGUUUAUAUGUUUCACAUUCUCAGAUCUGCACUGGGGGUGUUUAGUCCAUGCCACAAUACUUUGCAGUUCAGAAAAGAAAAUCGCAUUAAACAGGCAGUGGGAGGUUUUGUCUAGACUGCACAACUGUUUAUCUUUCGGGAGCGAAGUUCACUGUCAGGCGUCUUGUGCAAAAGUACAGUGCAGUGCUCUUGUGUCAUGUCUGCAGACCGAGACAAUAAAAAAAAAAAAAAAAAAAAAAACAUUCACAUUUGCGUCGUCUUUGUGGACUUUGUGUAAAAAUGGAUGAUCAAAUUCCUUCACCAAAGUGACCGAAAUGAAUCCAUUAUUCUAUUUUUAACCAGACUUGUUUCUUAUUUAACGCGCAUGUGCACUGCAAAAUCAAGGUGGGGCAAAAAACUUGAAUUUUUCUGAAGGGGAAAAGGAGUGGGGCAGUGUGAAGUAGACUCAAAUUAUUCUGAAUCGCAUUUAUUUCAUCGCUGUGACAUUUCACCAGUUGAGUUAUCGCGUGUUGUCCUCACUCACUCGACUUUUUCUACACAGGGACCGUCGAGGCUGCAGCAAUACGUUGUUUUUUUGGAAACGUUUAUUUUUCAUCAUUUGAAGCGACUUUUCCCCCAAAUGAUGUUGACAGGAUACGCACCAACAACUGUCGUCGCUGGUUGUAUUGAGAUACUUUUGUACUGCUGAAGUUUCGGGUCACCUGAGGCACAGUUCACUUCCUCAUCGGGACUUGAUGUGUUUUGUGUUUCGACAUCAACUGUCAGUUAUUUCGUGAAUGGGAAUUUGUCUGCUGUCGCUGAGAGGGCAGGAGCUGAAUCACCUGUUAUUGCCUCAAACUGAUCGGGUUUUGCCUGCAAACAGGUAAGAGUUUAUUUUGAAAUGGAGCCGUGGCUUGUAGACGCAGUGAAGCUCUUGAGUUGUGGUAAAACUAGCCCACACUUCUAGAAUAGAGCUGCCAGCACUUCCGUUGUCUUAUUGUACAGUAACUGACACUUCUGAUCACCAGAAAUCAUUGGGGCUUUGGGACCUGUGACAAGUAGGCCAACAUAAUGAUAUGUUAUAUUUUAUGUAAUGAGUGUUGCUCAAAGUGCUUUACAGUAAAACAAGAGAAGGCGUAGUAAACGUGUGAUUUCCUUAUUUACGUCCUCCUCCUCCAAGCCUUUUUGGGGUACAGAAGCUGCAUCAUGCAGCUCUGAAAACUGUUCUGUUAAUGAUAGUGAUCAUUGUAUUCUGCUGACUCAAGCCGAUGCAUCGGGACUGUUUCAGAACUUUUUAAAAACUGUUACUGACUUUGCAAAACUGGCUGCACUUCCAGGAAUGUGUAACUUGCAGAUGGGUUGUUAUUAAAUGGUUUACUACUGCUUUUCCCCCUCAUCCAGUCAGUUUUAACAAGCCACCCAUGCACUAAGUGCCAAACAGAAAAACAGCUCAAUGAAACAAGUAGGCUUGUUGUCAGAGGGAGGAACUGAGGACCUCUUGGGUCUGUUAAGGGGUGAUGCCCCUCUUUGGCUUUUUGACAAAAGGCUGAAGCAAGUCUGGUGCUGCUGGCAUAGCCUUAGAGCUUCUUCUACAGGGGAUUCCUCUUUUAGAGUGUAACAAAACUGUAAAGAAGGAUGAAGCUUAUGAAACAAGCGCAUGAAACCACAGCAGACUGCUGCUCUGUGAAGCAUAGCUGCAUCAGCAGAGCAGCAUUGCACUGCAUGGUGUGCAUCACACCUCAGCAAGGAAGUGUCCGUUCACUGCUCAGGCAUGGCAGCUUUGCCUUACAUGGUGUUUUUUUGGAUGUGUUUACUUAUUAAAAGCACCAAUUACCCCAAGUGGCAUACGCAUCAAUGCCUUCAUUGUGUUGUUUGAACUUUGGAAGAGAGUAAAAUGCAAAGUUUACUGUAAUGCCUGGAUGCAAAAUUAAGGGGGAUUUUCCCCUGACUGACAAUCAUUGCUUUUCUCUUCCUGUUAGCCUGAAGACGGCCUUGUUUUUCAGGGUUAAAUAAUAGUAUCUCUGAUAAACGGUAUGCUAUUUUACAUGUAUCAGUAUGCUUUCAUACUUUAUAUCACUUAGCCUCACAGGCAAAAUUGACCGUCAUUAAAGUGAUACAAUGACGGCUUGUGCUGCUUGGCCUACCACUGGACUCGUACUUCCUGUCUUAUAUCCUGCAGAGAGACCUCAGUUUCAGUGAGCAGUGCUGCUGCACCAGAGUCCAGCUGUUGUCCCAGAGCCAGAGGGGAUUUCCUCCUCUGAGGUUCCUCAAGAACAUCUGCAGGCUGUCAAAGCCAGCUGGGUGAACUGUUGGCAUGCCAUGCACUCUUUCUCUUUCUGUUCACUUCUCACCGCUCGGUGAGUUGGUUUGUAUAUCUGCCAGAUGAUAGCUCCGGGGAUGUGGACAAAAAUGAUUGUUUCCUUCUCUCUGCACUUGGCCCUGCCACCCUGCUGCUGUAAUGGUGAUGAUAACAGGGCAGCAGCAUCAAAGCAGUCGCAGAGCAUCUUGAGACUGGAGGGUCAGGACGAGGGGCAUAUUACCCAGCCCCCCUUCUGCAAAUAGAGGGAUGCAGGAGCACACAGUCAAAAUCCUACUUUAGUAAAAACACAGAGGCACUAUCGGCAAAAUACAUGGUCCAUGUGACUGAUAUAUUAUAGUUUUAGAUUGUUAAUACUAGUGCAUCAAUGUGUGAGCAGCAUUUUACUUAAAUACUAUUGCCUGUUGAUGUUUAGAGGGCAAAUGUCUCUUUGGUGGAACUGCUAACAACUCAUAGACAUCUGAAAUGUGACAAGGGGCCCCAAGUAGACACUGCUUCUUUGUAAGGAGUCACAA